AUCCUAACUCAUAACGAUUAUCAGACGUCAAGUGGCAAAAAGAAGAACAUGUAUGGGAAUUCAAUUGGAACAUCAAAACAAGCCAACACUUUGACUAAUGAUAUGGAUGAUGAUGAUGACUAUGAGAACGCCAAUCCUUGUGACUCAGAACCAGUUGUGCCCUCCAGGAAGACUAGGAGAAUUAAGAAUGCUAUGAAAGAGGACCUGGCUUUGAAAUGUAUGGAAAAGCCUGCUAAGCAAGCUCCAUCUGUCUGGACCACUCCCCAAAAAGAAGUUUUUCCAAAACAAACCCCAAGUUUUCAGCCACCACCUAUAGGUCUUGAUUUUUCCUCCGGAGCAGUCAAUGCAGCAUUUUCAGAUAUAGAAGAUAUGAAAACGGCAUCGACUUUUGCUAACAAUACAUUUUCAGACUUGGAAGUUAUGCCAAAUAGAAAUAAGCAGAGAUGUGGAAGGUCCAUGUUGGUGGUCUUGAUGUGGUUGAUGUUCAUCAUGUUCAUCGCCUUUGGGGUCAUCACUGGAUUCAUAUUCUUACAUUAUUUCCAGAAGAAUUCUGAGGAGGAGCAGGGCAAUCUAAAGACUAAAGUGGCCAAUCUCAGCAAUACGAUGGGGAACUUGCAAGACACACUUAUGGCCAACAUCAAGCACACUAACAAGACAUUGGAUUUCCAGAAGAAUUUUGAGGAGGAGCAGGGCGAUCUAAAGACUAAAGUGGCCAAUCUCAGCAAUACGAUGGGGAACUUGCAAGACACACUUAUGGCCAACAGCAGGCACAUUAACAAGACAUUGGAUUUCCAGAAGAAUUCUGAGGAGGAGCAGGGCGAUCUAAAGACUAAAGUGGCCAAUCUCAGCAAUACGAUGGGGAACUUGCAAGACACACUUAUGGCCAACAGCAAGCACAUUAACAAGACAUUGGAUUUCCAGAAGAAUUCUGAGAAGGAGCAGGGCGAUCUAAAGACUAAAGUGGCCAAUCUCAGCAAUAUGAUGGGGAACUUGCAAGACACACUUAAGGCCAACAUCAAGCACAUUAACAAGACAUUGGAGACUGUCUGCACGCGGUGCCCUGUUGGCUGGUCUGUGAUCGGCUCCUCAUGUUAUUUUGUCUCUCGGGAAGAAAUAACCUGGGAUAGUGCUCGAAACGAAUGCUACAGAAUGAACUCUGUUCUUGUCAUGAUAAAGGACAAGACUGAAUCCGAUUCUUUAAAGCAAUUAUAUAACAUAAACAAGAGAUACUGGAUUGGACUAAGGCGAGACUUAAAUAAAGUUUACAUCUGGAAGUGGUUGGAUGGGACACAAGUCACCUUUACCAACUGGGCAGCGAAUGAGCCCAACUAUCAUGGGAAGGAAGAGGACUGUGGAGAAACCAUAUCUGGACCUUGGAAUGAUCGACCAUGUUCUAAUAAAUUGUUUUAUAUUUGUAAAAGGGUAAGAACAUGCUGAGAUCCAAUCUAUAUCAAGCAGAGGUAUAACAUGGAGCUACUAAGCCUUAAUGUAAAAUUUGGUGUCUUUUAUGUUCCAGAAAGACUUUUUACUCUUUAAAGGGAACCUGUCACCUGGAUUUUGGGUAUAGAGCUGAGGACAUGGGUUGCUAGAU